AUGUCCAGCCUCGGGAGGCUCAUAAGGAGCGUCACAUUCGGAUAUGUCUCCCCUUGGAAGAGUCACCCGCCUCCGGGUCAUUCUAACUAUAUUGCAUGCCAAAGUCCCCCAGGACCUAAGGACGUCCCACAGCACCUGAUGCCGAGCUACGGUAUCCGAAUCUUCGGGAAACUUACACCCGAUAUGACUCCUGUAACCAGUGACGGCUUCACUGAGUCCAGCUUUCCCUUCCGGGAGGCGGAUGCUACGAAUAACGACAGUGUCGAGGUACCGUCGGAACAAGAACACUCCCGAAGACCGCGUCGCGGUCGUCGCGCAAGGAAAGGCAAAGCGAAACAGCCAGUCGAGUCAGUCGCCACUGGCAGUCAAUAUCGGGUAGAGGAAGCGAGCGCUCAGUUCGAGGGUUCCCUUGUCGAGCCCGUCCCCCAAUGUCCCCCAGGCCAUCUCCCUGUCCCCGUUCCUGCGAACCAUUCGCGUGUCCCUUAUGUGUCCCAGCCACUGCCCCAGUCCGAACCGAGUUAUAAUGUAAACUAUAAUGGUGGUAAUAUCUACCAGUACGAACUCUCUGCCGCUUUAAGGACGUCAUCUGACAUGCAGAGUCCCAUCCCUAUCCGACCAUCACGACCCCGCCCUCGUUUCCCCUCUCUGCCGCCUGUCGCUCGACCUCUCUUUCACGUCCCUCAAACUGAGAAUGGCCGGCCACGCUUCAUCCCAUCCCUUCGUAACGGCUUCCCCCCUCCUUCAUCGGCUCCCACUGUCCUAACUUCACAUCCGCAACCCAAUGCUCCGUACUCCCGCAGAGAAUACGCUCAUGCUCACCCUUUCCCUAUGCAUAGGACCGCUCCACAGAGCACCGAGCUUCCCAUGUCAAAUGGCUGGAGACCGAUGGAAUCGCACAGUGAUAACUUGCGGCAUAUGCAGGAGAGGGAUCUGCGUGCGCAGAUGCUGAAUGAGCAGAGCUUGGCUUACGGGCUGUCUAAUGGGGAUACUGCUGGCUCAUCAGGUGCUCCGUUCGCGCCUCCUGAGUACGGGACAAACUACUAUUCAUACGGAGGGGCGCUGCAAGCGCCUGGUACGCUAGCUCAGGAUGGCUUUGCGGGGGUGGAGCGAUACACUGGUGUUGACGUUGAGGCUGCUGCUAUGGGCACGAAUGCCGUCUCUCAUGGAGAUGCAGUGCUGGGCCCCUUUGGAUGGAGCUGACACUACGGGGGGAGGGGGGGGCCUUGACGGCGAUGCGAAUUGACCCGCCCUCAUGCACCGUCUGACCAUGAUGAAGACGGCAGAUUGAGUGUGAG